UCCGGCGCAUGUUUUGUAUCUCCUCCUAGCUGAGCAGGCUGACUCUGACAACUGUCAAAACACCUGUUUCAGCUAAAUAUUGUUUCAUAAAGUGUCGGUUUUUGACCCUUUUUGCCCUGUGACAACGCCUCGCCAUGCCAUAAUAAGGUGACUCACUAGCAGCCACCACAGCAGACCCAUUGUUGGGGGGGGGCAAUUCAGCAACUGGAAACGCUGACGCCUGGAAAACGGCAGAAACAGCCCACUGAGGAAGUAGUGUCAGGAGAAAGUGGCCAUUACAUGUUUUUCAUGUUUAAGGGAGUGUCAUGCCAUGAGUUUGUUGCCGUCUUGCUUCUGUACAUUGAUUGCAUGAUUGGGAGAUGUCUCGCCCCACUCCGUCCCCAGUCUACACCCUGAGGGGGGCUGGUGGGCCCCUCAACACCCUUCACUUCAGCUGCAAUGGAGGCACCACUCCUCUUCUGUUUUCUGGGUCAGGGAAGGGUGCCAUCCAUAUCUGGAACCUGAAUACUAGGAGGCCUGAGAGGAUCAUAGAGGGUCAUUCUGGUAGUUCAGUGAUAUGGGUCAGUACACGGGAGUCAGCAGAUAACCUCAUCAGUCAGGGAAGGGACAUGCAGGUCUGUCUCUGGGAUCUGGGCGAAGGCCGGAGUAAAGUGGUGGACUCUCUGUGGACUGGCAGUGUGGGAUUCUGUCAGGGCUCUUUGCUGGAGACAAACCCCGGGACCUGCCUAUUGGCCGUCGCUGGAGAACAAACAGAAGAGAUCAAGAUUUUUGAGCUUCCCAGUAAGACUCCAGUGUGCACCCUGGUACCAGAAGAUAAGCUCGGAAUGGUCAUGUGCAUCAAACUGUGGCAGCCAGAUUCAGGUGCUGGACCUCUCCUUCUGGCAGGAUACGAGGACGGCUCCCUGUUACUCUGGGAUGUAAUCCAGAGGUCCAAGCUGAGCCACGUUAAAGCCCACCCAGAGCCUGUCAUGUGCCUGACCUUUGACACCAAACGUCUGAAGGGCAUAUCAGGCUCAUCUGAGAAGAACCUCUCCUCCUGGAUACUGGACACGCAGAAUAACCUGCAGCUCCAAGACGAUGUGACUCUGGUCAACCCUGGGGUUUCCCAGCUGUGUGUCCGAGGGGACAGUAAGCUUCUGGCAUCAGCGGGCUGGGACCACCGGGUGCGAGUCUUUGGCUGGAAGAAGUUGAGACCACUGGCAGUCCUGCAGUAUCACACUGACAUGGUGCUUAGUGUGGCCUUCUCAAACCACCAGGACUCCAGACAAAGGCUACUGGCUGCUGGAUCCAAGGACCAGCGGAUCAGCCUUUGGUCAAUAUACAAUGAGGGGCCGGACACUGGUUGAGCCCCUGAAGGAACACAUUGACUCUUAUUUGGUGCUUUUUCUAACGCUAUGCCCAAAACGGCUCUCAUUGUUCACCAGUCAUCUGACACAUGGAAUCUGGGCCGUAAAUUAUGCUUUGAUAAAUUUAUUUCUUAAAAACUUGACUCGAGUUUUUCUAGUUAAAAUUAUACUACACUAUAGAAAAACCCUAACAGCUAUAGAGUCAGAGCUCAUCUGUUGAAUACUUAAAUGCACUGCAUAGAAUUUCUGCCGCUUAUAGGCCUCCCAAUCAAAACAAUAACAAAAUACAUAGUUUGAUGACGUGAAGCAGGAUGGCAUCAUGGGAAUUGUUUUGCCAUCAUUUGCUGUAAAAAUCUAUCUCAGGCUGAAAUAAUGUUUAGAGAUGAGGUAAUAGAGUUUUAUUUACGUCAUAUUAGUUAUGAUUAUUAAUAAAGCUAUGACACCACUGACAAAUGACAUGCACUGGUAGACUCAAUAAAAUAACACUUCACGGAGUUUGGUAACAUGUGAUAGGACAUAUAACAGAACUAAUUUUAAGAUAUUUUAAUGCAGAAAUGUUACAUGUAGUGUCUUUUUUGGCACAAACUGACUGUUAAAACUUUAAUGCAGUGGCCUGUGCAUGUUAUUGUUUUGACUGAUCUGAUAAGAGAUUUGCUCCAAUGGACUUCAGCUUGAGGCACCUGAGUAGCUAUGUAAUCCUGUGUUGUUAUUCCAGCAGGUUUCAGCUUAACACAGACCCUUCUGCCUGACCUGAGCUGCAUUUGUCAAACAAGGUUAAUCACAGCAGUGACAUAGAGAACUUUAGACUGUUGGUUAAAUGAACUGUCUCUCUUUUCUAUUACUGUAACUUGUGUGUUCUUUUUUGGGUUUUUUUAAGAAAGUGUUGCCUCUUUGCAAAGUCAGAUGGAAAUUAAAACCUGCCUGUACCAUGCCAAAUAUAUAAAAUAAGGUAUAUAAAUGUCCCUGAUGUUAGAAGUGGUCGGUGUUUAUAGAUUAAAACUUAGCAUUAGCUCA